AUGGCUUUGCUCUCCAUGGUUGUCUUUGGAGUGAUCGUCAGCGCUCCUUGUGCUGCAGUCCCAUUAGGAGGUUCUGUUUCUGGGCUGCAGUCUGGUUUCGGUGGGUCAGUCAGGAACAAGUUGUUACUUGUUUCUUUUGAUGGCUUCCGCUGGGAUUACGAUCAAGAUGUGGACACCCCGAAUCUGGACAAAAUGGCUAAGGAUGGAGUGAAAGCAAAGUAUGUGACCCCACCGUUUAUCACCAUCACCAGCCCAGCGCACUUCACCCUGAUUACAGGCCGCUACGUGGAGAACCAUGGAGUGAUACACAACAUGUGGUUCAACACGUCCACCCAGGAGAAGAAGCAGUACUACAUGACCCAGUUUGUUGAUUCCUACUGGGACAACGGCAGCUUGCCCAUCUGGAUAACAGCACAGAGACAGGGUGUAAAAGCAGGCUCUCUCCAUUUCCCGGGCACAGCAGCUACCUACAAAAAAGAGAUAGUUAAAGUGAGGCAGGUGGAACCGCGUUUCUACGACUAUUCAAACGAAAAAGAAUGGAGGCGUAACAUCGAUAAAGUGAUUGGAGAAUGGUUCCACCAACAGGACCUCGACUUUGUCACCUUGUACUUUGGGGAACCAGAUAAGGUCGGCCACAAGUAUGGACCAGAUUCCGAAGAACGCCGGAAGAUGGUGCAGCAAGUGGAUCGUACCGUGGGCUACAUCCGGGACCAGAUCUAUUACCACGGUCUAGCUGACCGACUCAAUAUCAUCAUCACUGCUGACCACGGGAUGACUAAAGUCUUUCGAGGGGAACAAGUUGAGGAAAUCAUGCUGUCGCAGAUACCAGGUUUUAACUUCUGGGAUAUCAAGUUCCAUCUGGUAGAUUAUGGACCUACUGGGAUGCUGCUUCCGAAGACAGGGAAGUUGGAGAAGGUGUAUCAAGCGCUAAAGGGAGGCCACCCUCACCUUCAUGUGUAUAAAAAAGAGGAAAUGCCAGAAAGACUGCACUAUGGUACCCACCCACGACUUCUCCCCAUUAUCCUCUUCGCUGAUCCUGGAUAUGUCAUCAAUGGGUUUCUUCCUUUGCAGUUUCACAAAGGAGAACACGGCUUUGACAACCAAGAGUUAGACAUGAAGCCCUUCUUUAGGGCGGUGGGGCCUGACUUCAAGAAAAACCUGGUGGUUGAACCCUUUGAGACGGUCAAUGUGUACUCACUGAUGUGCCAUCUAUUGGGCAUCGAACCCGAGGUCAACGAUGGGCACCUAGACAACACCAAACACAUGCUGGUCCCCAAGAUAAACGCAGGAGGAGAUCAUAACGGUCAAAAACCACAGACUCGGUCACAAAUUGUGACGGGUUUAUCAGCAGUGACUGGCUUUCUGGCACUGGUGUUUGUAGCGUUGACCUCCCACACUUUGUGGAAAAGGAGGUCAGCGGAAAAGAGGUUUAAACCGGAGUACACCGCUCAGGAGGCCACGGGCGACAAGCUAACCAGUUUUUGA